AUGGCUUCGACAACGAUAGUUCACUCAUGGAUACACCACGACAGCCAAGCAGAUAGCAAAAGCCUGUCGUCACAAAAAAGCCAGGUCUUUCGACAUGUUGCCGCACACCGAAAAUGGACACGACACCAGCGGACGUGCAAGUUGCGGGCCUCAGCUCUCGACCUAUACCAUACGUUUCAAGUUCAAGGCAAGCAGAGUCCUCAAAUCGAAACUCAUUUUACUGGUUCAUGCGACCCUUUUGACACCCUCGCUGUCCCUCAUACGUCUCAGAUCGACGAAUUGCUUCAAUUUGACUACAAACUCCUAUCACCAGCUUUUGGCGUCUCAAAAAUUCCUCAGCAUCGAGCUUCAAUGUUUCUUCAAGAUGAAUUAGCUGCCUAUGGGUUUCUAGCCCGCAUUGCAACCAUCAAGGCGCGAUUCGAUCCAAAUCCAGAGGUCUUCAAUUUUAUCCUGAAGUUGAAGGCGAAGGCGAUGCAGCAACUCCGCUUGAAUCUCUCCCAGACGGCCAUUGCUCGUCUUCCCCGGGCAGUCAUUUCUCUUUUGUAUGCAGAGACGUGGUGUCAGAAUCUUGAAGCUGUGACAGUUCAUGUGCGCCUGCUGGAGGCUAUCAAUAACCACCAUGGAUUGAAACCCGAUGAUCUUAUCUGCAUUCUCCACUCAGAUAUCCAGCGUGCUACAUUGACACUAGGGAGUCCACUCUUCAUGAUGGACGACAAGACAUGGGACAUCUACGAGGCGGACUACGCACCAUCGCCACAGUCCGAGGAUAACGACAGUAAUGACAUCCAAUGGCCUCAGCUUCGACUUCUGGUCAACAUGAGAAACGCUCUUAUGGCGUUAGAUGUACUGCAGGCGUCCGAAAUGUCAAAAGCUGUCCGACAGUCUGCUACCAUCAAGUUCCUUCACAUCAUGAGGGUUCUUGUUGAUCAAUACAAUACGAGCUCUGAUAAUAUCGAGCAGUACACAGCUUUGGCUGCGCUCUAUGAGCUGCGACGAGAAGCUAAUAUGGAGAAAAUACCGCUUGGUGCAAUCAAUGUUUAUGACGCAGGAAAGCUGAUUCUCUCGAGAAUACGACAAUUGCUUGGACUGGUGUCCGACGAUCCGCCGAGUUUGCGUCUGUGGGUUUUAUUUGUGGGGACGAUGUCGGGUGACAAUUGGUUCAAGCAGGAAUUCCAAAGGCAAGUGAGUGGACUGGGACUCGUGAAUGCAGACGAUAUCAGGACAGCCCUACAUGUUAUUGAGCAUCGAGAACUACCGGAUUCCCUUAUCGAUCCUCUACUUGGGGCAGCUGCAUAG